GCGAGAAAGUGAGUGGAAAAUAAUAGAGGGAAACGCAGGCUGGUGCUGAGGACAGGAGGGGGAGACAGAGACGCAGGAGCACACGACUGCUCUGGCAGCGGCAACACCACUACUAUUGGCUGCUGCUGAUUGGUCCAUGGACAGGCCUGUAGCAGCUGUCGUCAUCCGGUCAGACGUGGUGUGUGUGUGUGUGUGUGUGUAUGCUGCUCUCUCUCUCUGCUGGACCGCAGUCUGCAUCUGUUUGGCUUCUCCAGACAGAUGGAUGUGGAUCCGGUGCUGAGAUGAUGAGAUAAGCCUCCUUCGUCUCUCUCAUCUCCGCCGAGCUGCUGCAGCGUCGCACACACACACAUAAACACGCGCAGGGAACGACGUGGUCACGCUGUGGUGGGAAACCACUGGAAUAUACUGGGCUCUGUUUUUCAAUCAACCGCCUCGUCAGUGACGAUGAUGUCGAUGGUCCCGACGCCUCUCUCCAGAGGUGAUGUGAGCUGAAGUUGCUCGCUGAGCUCCGGGAGGAGUGGAGAAGGAGGCGGAGUGGUGGUGGUGGUGGUGGUGGUGGAGGAGGAGGAGGGGGGGAGCCGCAGAGGAGCUGUCCGUCUUCUGAAGGUGCUGAUGCGGCUGUGACAAGCGAGCAUGGCUGCCGGGAAGUUGCUGCUCUACGCCGGGCUCUCGCUUUCUCUCUGCGCCCUGGCCAUGCUGGCCGUGGCGAUGUGCUCCGACCACUGGUACGAGACCGACGCCCGGAGGUACAAGGAGCGGUGCCGAAGCUUUUCCAGCCGCCGCAAGGACCCGGGAUUCAUCUACAUCCCCAACAACAGCCUGCCGCUGCGGGCCAGCCGGAGCAGCGCGCCCCGCUGGGAAGAGAAGCUGCUCCUGGCCCGGAACCGGCGGCAGCUGUUUGCCAUGAGCGCCGCGGACGAGUGCAGCAGACAGUACAACUCUACCAACAUGGGGCUGUGGAGGAAGUGCCACCGACUUGGCUUCGACCAGGAAAUCGAAGAUCGCAUCCGGAAAGGUUCCAUUGCCAGGUGCUCCUACAUCAAAUAUCACUACUCCUCAGCUACGAUACCCAAAAACCUCUCAUACAACAUCACCAAGACGAUAAGGCAGGAUGAGUGGCACGCCCUCCACUUGCGGCGAAUGACAGCGGGGUUCAUGGGCAUGGCGGUGGCCAUCAUCCUGUUCGGUUGGAUCGUCGGCGUCCUCGGCUGCUGCUGGGACCGAGGCCUCAUGCAGUAUGUGGCUGGUCUCCUUUUCCUCAUGGGAGGAACUUUCUGCAUCAUUUCCCUCUGUACCUGUGUCGCCGGCAUCAACUUUGAGCUUUCCCGUUUUCCACGGUACCUGUACGGCCUGCCUGACGACAUUGGCCACGGCUACGGCUGGUCCAUGUUCUGCGCCUGGGGAGGCCUCGGCCUCACCCUCAUCGCCGGCUUCUUCUGCACCCUGGCUCCCUCCGUCCAGCCAAUACCCCGAUCCACCUGCCCCAAGUCCCGACAGGAGAACGGCACCGUCUGCUAAAGAUGACAGCCACCAUGAGACCGGAGUAACCCACAGAUCGACAACCAAGAAAGAGAAAAAAGUGUUCCACGUGUUCAUGCAUCCACUCAUCUCUAGUCUUUCCUGGUUCCAGAUUUUUCUUUUCAAUUUGUGUGUUUGAAAAUGGGUGUCUUGAUGAACUUGAAAAUAACGGAAAAAAAACUUGACAAACAUAUUAUCAAAAAUUUUAUCAAAAAGUUGUGCUUGUUUUGUUGUUGUGCAGCAGACAAUUGAAAUGGACCAUGACCAGGAAAGGUUGUCGAAGUACUUCGGAGACUCUAAAAGACUACGUAUUUGUCGGUAAAUGGGACGCUACUACUCUGAAGGUGAGAGACAAGGGUGUUCGACCUCUGAACUGCUUAUGACUUAUGUAUAACUGGUCUACUGUGAUGGAGGAGAACUGAAUGAAUCAGCAGCAUUGAGAAGAAACAAUCAAAAAUCAAGUCAAGAUCUCGUGGAGGUUUCUCAUGGACUUGUCCACACGGAGUUUCUUGUGGGAUGAUUCACAAAGGACAAAAGGAGCAAACAUGAAACUGUGUAACGUGCAGAGCUGGGAUCAUGUUUAGUGGCCAUCCAUUCAUAUUCAGUAUUCCAGCUUCUGAGGACCCUCCAGUUAGGGCUGGGAGAUCCAGGACCUCCACUGUUGUACAUUAAUGUACAGAACAUUCCAGAGAAGUGACAACCAGGAAAUGUUACAUCAGACCAUUUUCAUCCUUGUGUAGGUGCAUUCCAUUCCAAAAGAUGACCCCCCAUUACCCAUUUAGCAUUUUAUACAUGCGUUCCUCUUUUAUCCAGAGUGUAUUUUCCUUUUUACUGAACCCUUCUUGUUUUGAGGGAACUGUUGACCGAGUGUACUUUCGGAGCAAAUGCUGUGUUAGUUUGAUUUUUUUUUUCCCCCCCUUCGAGUCAUAGAAGUGUUGUAAACUUGUGAGUAUGAAUGUGUGUAUGUGUGGAUUAUUUUUGCAGUGGCUAACGAAAAAAAAAGUUUAAAAAAAAAAGAAGAAGAUCAUACUGACAAGGUGGAGCGCUGCCUUGAGAGAUGUAUAAAGGCAGGAGCAUUGAUGAACAGAAAGAUGUAACGGGGGAGAUGCAGUAUCCUGUGUAAAAACCUACAGCUUUUGUGGUUCACCAUCGUUUCCGGAGUCUCAGCAGACCUCGUUGACAAAGAAAUGUUGUGUGUGUGAGGGUGUGCAGCAUGAUCAACCCCAUAUGCUGCUGCAUUGAGCAACUACGGAGGCAAGAACUCAAGUCCUUGCAUCUGUUGGGAAAUCUGGUAUUAAUUUGGUAUUAUCAUUUAUUUUGGUUUGUUGCUGUGCUGUUGAGAUUAAAAAAAAAAAAGGUGUCACCAUACUCAGUCAAAAGACGUUGAGACUGCAGGUGAAAAAAAACAACAACUGCGUUCUGUGUUUGCAAUAUUCACCCUGGUCUCAACCACCCAUUAAAACACACUCUAUCUUAAAAAAAAUCUCUAUGCACGUUAGGAAUGGAACUCAUAAUGCACUACAUUGUCCGUUUAACUAGGUUCAAAUUCAACACGUUUGACAGAAGGUACAGCUAAAGACUAUUCGUCAGUUCCACUGAAAGGUAGGAUGAUCACAGUCAUGGUAAUUCCCUAUUUAAGUCAAUUAUUCAAAACCAUAGGGUAGCCAAUCCACAGCUUUUGUUCCAUUUAAUAUGAUUUUGAAGGUGAUAUGUUUGCAAUGCGGUUUCAAUUGGUUCUCCUGGUUCAUAAACUUUAGAAGUCCUAAUUAAUAACCAGUUUGCAGGUAUUAUAUCGGGAUGUGAUACUUACAGGGUAUGGUUUCGUGUCAAUCAGGAGAGAGGGUGGUGAUAAUGAGCUUGAUGAAGGAUAAUUGACAAAUGAGGUUGCUUAGUUGCUGUGCCAUCGGGACAGAUGAGACCAGCCGAUUUCAGGGCUUCAGGACAUUUAAACAUUUAAGAGUGCACAUGCUUGAGAGGACAGGAAAACAGGAAAUGAUGAUGAAUGCAUGUAACAUUAGUAAUAUUCCUAAAUUAACUUGCACUGGACCGUCAUGUCUUUGCCCAUCAACCAUGACACGAAUAAAUGGUACAGAAUUGGCAACAUUUCUGAGGCAAAUUAUGACGGUACCUCACUGCUUUAUACGCAACAUGAUUCUGAACUGCUCAGUGCUUUAGGGAUCAAACCUCUCUGUCCUGAGCACCUCGGAUAGAGGCACUAGUUUCAUGUGCAACAGAUGACUCAAGGCAAUCUUUCAACAUGUUUAAUUAUUUGUUAUUCAACACUCCUUCAGACUCUUCCCUCUUUUUUUGGUGUUUCUUUGUAGUGUAGGUAGUUGUUGCCGGUGCCAAAUUCCACCAAAGGGUCCUGUGUGCAGAGCAGGUAUAAUGCAACAGCCAACACAACUCCAUGCAACACUUGGAAUAAAAACAAUGCCAUUUUGGCUGUUCAAAUCCACACAAUACUGUAUCACACAAUAUGUCAGUCAACUCAUCUUUUCAGAAAAAAGUGUAGAUGUUGGAUAUCUAAUGUGCCCCAGGAGUGUUUUACCAGAUCAACAAAGAUCCUGAGAGACACCAGAGGUAGUGAUGCACACAGUGAUCACAUCAGGUACAAAAUCCAACACUCACUGACCCUAAUAUCGAUAUUAUAUUAUUAAAUUGCUAUAUUUAUUUUUACAUGUUUUUAUUGCCAUGCCUAAAGGCCCAUUUGUGCUCCAUUUUCGUCCAUUUUACAUCUGUCCUUCCCGACACUGCCAGUCUGGAAGGUCCACUGCGGCUGUUUCCAUGUUCGUGUAAAGCUCCGUGGCUGCAUUUUAAGGGCCAGAUAUAUUGAGUCCGUCAGGUUCUGGAAUACAUUGCUCGAUCUCCGUGGAUUUAAAGUGCACAGUGAACUCUGAUCACUUGAAAUGGGCAUUGAUGAUAUUUCUGCAGAGACUUUUCCUGCCAACAUGGCGGUAUAAACAAACCGAGUCACAUGAUGUCCGGAGGUCUAUGGGCUUUUUAUCAUAUUGGCAUUUCAACCACACAGAAAUGCCAUAGUGGGAGAGCCUGAAAUGGUGUUUUUGGAAGAAAAAAAGGGUCAUAUAGAAGCACAAACUCUUUCUCCCUCUUUACAUUAUGAUGAAAUGCUACCAUUUAAUUAUGGAUCACUAAUGCCAACUUUGCUUUUAAGCAAAUAUCAUCUUGUGUGCAAAUUAAAACCAGCAGUGGGACUUAAAGUGGGAAUCAUUCCAAAUUCACCUUUAAUGACAGACAGUUCUAGAUCAAUUGGCUGCUCCCUAUAACAUUUGAGUGUCCUUGAUGGGUGAUGGUUACAUUCCAACAUCUCACUCUAGUGCAAUGGUAGCUCUAGAACUGGCUGUAUGCAAAUAGUGCUCAGAUGUGUG